CAGGCCGCCAACGGCGUGAAGGCGUGGCAGGUGGCCGAGCACGCCCGCCGGUCGGCUGCGCGGCAUGAGCAGGACUGCGCCCGGCUCGCGCACGCGUGCGCGCGGCGCUGCGAGCUCGUCCGGCGGCGGCAGGCGGAGGAGCGGCAGGCAAGCCCGCGCCCCUGGCCCCCCUCCCCGCCCCCGCGCGCGCCCGUGGCGGGGGAGGCGGUUGCGGCGAAGGCCUGGCUGUCUUGUUGCCGCUGCGCUGCUCUGCUGCGGACUAGCUUCGAAGUCCUCUCCGCCUCCGGCCGGGCCGAGCAGCCGACGAGCACGGCACUGG